GGCCCCGCCCCGGAAGUGCGCUCUGUGGGCAGUGCCGCUCGGACCCGGAAGUGCUUCUGUGUGCGGCCGCGGGCUUGAGCGGCUGCACACGUGGGGCGGCCAGGAUGAAGUUCGCUUACCGGUUUUCAAAUUUGCUGGGUACGGUUUACCGGCGUGGGAACCUAAAUUUUACCUUCGAUGGAAAUUCAGUUAUCAGUCCCGUGGGCAAUAGAGUCACUAUAUUUGACCUUAAGAACAACAGAUCCGACACGCUGCCCCUGGCCACUCGGUACAACAUCCAGUGCGUGGGACUGUCCCCAGAUGGGCGCCUCGCUAUCAUCGUGGAUGAAGGGGGCGAUGCGCUGCUGGUCAGCCUGGUCUGCAGGUCUGUGCUGCACCGCUUCCACUUCAAGGGUUCUGUGCACAGCGUGUCCUUCUCCCCCGAUGGCAGGAAGUUUGUCGUCACAAAGGGCAACAUUGCCCAGAUGUAUCAUGCCCCCGGGAAGAAGCGGGAGUUCAACGCCUUCUUUCUGGACAAGACCUAUUUUGGACCUUACGAUGAGACCACCUGCAUCGACUGGACAGAUGACUCCAGGUGCUUUGUGGUGGGGAGCAAAGACAUGUCCACCUGGGUGUUCGGAGCAGAGCGCUGGGACAACCUCAUCUACUAUGCACUGGGGGGGCAUAAGGACGCCAUCGUGGCCUGCUUCUUUGAAUCCAGCAGCCUGGACCUGUACUCACUCAGCCAGGACGGAGUGCUGUGCGUGUGGCAGUGUGACACGCCCCCCGAGGGCUUGCGACUGAAGCCGCCUGCAGGCUGGAAGGCGGACCUGCUGCAGCGGGAAGAAGAGGGGGAGGAGAACCAGGAGGGGGACAGAGAGACUACCAUCCAGGGAAAAGCCACUCCGGCGGAAGAGGAGAAGACAGGAAAAGUGAAGUACUCGCGGCUGGCCAAGUAUUUCUUUAAUAAAGAAGGAGAUUUUAACAAUCUGACAGCUGCCGCAUUUCACAAGAAGUCUCACCUCUUGGUCACUGGCUUUGCUUCUGGAAUCUUCCAUCUUCAUGAGCUGCCGGAAUUCAACCUCAUCCACUCACUGAGCAUCUCAGAUCAAAGCAUCGCCUCAGUGGCCGUCAACAGCUCUGGGGACUGGAUCGCCUUUGGCUGUUCAGGUCUGGGCCAGCUGCUGGUGUGGGAGUGGCAGAGUGAGUCCUACGUGCUCAAGCAGCAGGGCCACUUCAACAGCAUGGUGACCCUGGCCUACUCACCCGACGGACAGUACAUUGUGACUGGCGGGGACGAUGGCAAGGUCAAAGUGUGGAACACCCUCAGUGGCUUCUGCUUCGUCACUUUCACGGAGCAUUCCAGUGGGGUGACUGGUGUGACCUUCACUGCCACUGGCUACGUCGUGGUGACCUCAUCCAUGGACGGGACCGUGCGAGCCUUUGACCUUCACAGGUACCGAAACUUCCGCACCUUCACCUCCCCACGCCCCACCCAGUUCUCCUGUGUGGCGGUGGAUGCGAGUGGGGAGAUCGUCUCCGCGGGGGCGCAAGACUCAUUUGAGAUCUUCGUGUGGUCCAUGCAGACAGGCAGGCUCCUUGACGUUUUGUCCGGACACGAGGGGCCCAUCAGUGGUCUGUGUUUUAACCCAAUGAAGUCCAUCCUGGCCAGUGCCUCCUGGGACAAGACGGUGCGGCUGUGGGACAUGUUUGACAGCUGGAGGACCAAGGAGACGCUGGCCCUGACCUCUGAUGCCUUGGCUGUGACUUUUCGUCCUGAUGGUGCGGAACUGGCUGUGGCCACGCUGAACUCCCAGAUCACCUUCUGGGACCCUGAGAACGCAGUGCAGACAGGCUCCAUCGAGGGCAGGCACGACCUCAAGACGGGCAGGAAGGAGCUGGACAAGAUUACCGCCAAGCACUCAGCCAAGGGGAAAGCCUUCGGCACCCUGUGCUACUCCGCAGACGGUCACAGCAUCCUGGCGGGAGGCAUGUCCAAGUUUGUGUGCAUCUACCACGUCCGUGAGCAGAUUCUCAUGAAGAGGUUCGAGAUCUCUUGUAACCUGUCUCUGGAUGCCAUGGAGGAAUUUUUGAACCGAAGAAAAAUGACAGAGUUUGGCAACCUGGCACUGAUUGAUCAAGACGCUGGGCAGGAGGACGGAGUGGCGAUAGCACUGCCAGGCGUCAAGAAAGGUGACAUGAGUUCUCGGCACUUCAAACCCGAGAUCAGGGUGACCUCCGUCCGCUUCUCUCCCACUGGGCGCUGCUGGGCGGCCACCACCACGGAGGGGCUCCUCAUCUACUCCCUGGACACGCGUGUGCUCUUUGACCCAUUCGAGCUGGACACCAGCGUCACCCCCAGGCGGGUGCGCGAGGCGCUGCGCCAGCAGGACUUCACCCGGGCCAUCCUCAUGGCCCUCCGGCUCAACGAGAGCAAGCUGGUGCAGGAGGCCCUGGAGGCGGUGCCCAGGGACGAGAUUGAAGUGGUCAGCUCCUCCCUUCCUGAAUUGUAUGUGGAGAAAGUGCUUGAGUUCUUAGCUUCCUCCUUUGAAGUGUCUCGCCACGUGGAAUUCUACCUCCUCUGGACUCAGAAACUGCUCAUGCUGCAUGGACAGAAGCUGAAGGCCAGAGCCACAACCCUGCUGCCUGUGAUUCAGUUCCUCCAGAAGAGCAUCCAGCGGCACCUGGACGACCUGUCGAAACUAAAAAAGAAACCAGGUGCAGAAGCGGAACAUGAGAGUGGACAUGGAAGGUGACCGCUGAAGCCCAGCAUCGCAUAGAGACAGUUAAGCCCCCGGAUGCCUGUGGGUGUCCCUGACAGCGUCAGGCCGACCGCAAGAGCUCGGAGGGGCGGAGUUCUCUCCUAACUCCUCUGGGGAAGCAGACGUCUCAACUGUUUUGGACGUCUCCUUCCCUAGCUGGCUCAACAGUGGGCACUUUCACAGCGCUGGUGCCGCUGCCCAGCGAGGCGCCCUCCAGCAGCCCUUAUGCAGGUGUGACAGAGGCUUAGAGCAUCUUGCCUUAGGGUCAUUCCUUUCACAGUGUCACCCUGGGUUCACACUUCUGAGAGGCAUUAGUAGAAGAAUUAGGAUCCCCAAGGCCGGGCGCCGUGGCUCACGCCUAUAAUCCCAGCACUUUGGGAGGCCGAGGCAGGUGGAUCAUGAGGUCAAGAGAUCGAGACCAUCCUAGUCAACAUGGUGAAACCCCGUCUCUACUGAAAAUACAAAAAUUAGCUAGGCAUGGUGGUGCGUGCCUGUAAUCCCAGCUACUCGGGAGGCUGAGGCAGGAGAAUUGCUUGAACCCAGAAGGCAGAGGUUGCGGUGAGCCGAGAUCGUGCCAUUGCACUCCAGCCUGGGUAACGAGCGAAGCUCUGUCUCAAAAAAAACAAAAAAAAAGAAUUAGGACCCCCCGCCCCAUGAAUAACUAGGAGUAACUAAUAAGGACUACGGUUAUGUUUGCAUUUAUAUGGAAAUGGGCCGAGGCUUCUGGCUCCUGGCUUGGCACUCAUGGGGUCUUGUCCCUACACCUGGUGUCAUCUGAUUUGAGGAGCCAAAGAGCUCGCGCGGGAGGUGCUCGCUUCUACGGGUCACCCUGGGGUUGGCCGUCCUGGGAGAUGGCCUGGCGCUGAAUGGAAAGCAGCCAGCACUGUGGCAGGCAGACAGGCUGCAGGUGGUGCGCCCCGGGUGCGGCCAGGAUCCUCCAGGCUCUUGCAGGGUUUACCACAUUCAUAGAACCAGCAACCUUUCCUGGAUUUGCAGGUCACCCGCUGGGGCAGUGGGUGUGGUCUCAGGACUGUGGGGUGGGGUGGCCUGGAGUCCCAGAGGUGUGGCUGCCCCGGGGAAGGGUGCUGCUGCUGAGAGGAUUCAUCCGAGGGCCUAGGACAGGGCCCGGCCACCGAAGUCCUCGCUCUGCAGGGCCGCCUGCCUCUUCUGUCAUUUCUUUGUGGUUUGUGCCCUUUUUGUCCCUGGCCCUAGCAAACCUCCCUCCCUGAAGGUCCAGCAGAGCCUGGACUGGGCAGGCCUCAGAGUCGCCGUGUGAGGGCUGUCUCCCUCUGCUGCCCGUCAGUUCCCAGGUUUCCCGGCUGCGUUUCUGAAAGGCCUGUUCUCUGCCCUGUGUGCAAGGUGCUCUGUCCAGGGCUCAGGGGCCAAGGCCUGAGUUUGGGGCUUGUGGGUUCAUGUGGUUCUCCCGCCAGUCCUUGAAGUGUCUCAGUCUUUGGACUGAGUCCCAGAGUGUAGGUGGAGCCUUUCCUCCCACCGUGUUCCGGCCCCGCUACAGAAAGCCGGGGUGUGCCCUGAUCCACAACUUUAGUGCCAGACAUUCCCCCAGCUGAGGUGUCCUGGACUUUGCACAGAGCUCCGUAGAGGAGGAGGGCUGUCUGGCUUCUUUAUUUAUUUUUAAAUAAAUUGUUUUAUUUUUUUUAGCAGAGUCUUGCUCUGUUGCCCAGGCUGGAGUUCAGUGGCGGUAUCUUGGCUCACUGCAGCCUCCGCCUCCCAGGUUCGAGUGAUUCUCCUGCCUCAACCUCCUGAGUAGCUACGAUUACAGACACGCACCACCACCCCCAGAUAAUUUUUGUAUUUUUAGCAGAGAUGGGGUUUCACUGUUGGUCAGGCUGGUCUUGAACUCCUGACCUCAGGUGAUCUGCCUGCCUCCGCCUCUCCCAAGUGCUGGGAUGACAGGCGUGAGCCACCUCCCCUGGCCAAGCUCCUUUAGAUCUGUUCCCUCUUUUGGGAGGUUGUCAGAGUUGGUGAAGCGCAUUAUUCCUUGGACUUCCUGUCUAGGCGUUCGCUGCCCAUCUGUAGGGCUGCCACUUGCUGUGGGGAGUCCGCACAUGACCUGAGAUGCGGCGGGCGGUGCUUUCCUUCCUUCCUCGUCCACUUACCUUUCCGUUCU